AAGAAAACCGAAUACGUGUAGCGCCAUCCAGCCAUGAGAAAUCCCCGAGCCGAGCACGAGCACGAGCACGGCGCGGGGCGCCACCAUUAUUAACAUCCCAAUCCAUCCAACCAACUUCAACCACCUUUUCAAUCCAAUCUUGUUGCAUUGCAUUGCAUAAUUUUGCAUCGAAGAUCGAUGUGAUUCCGUGAAAAGGAGGAGGAGGAGAAGAAGGGGCUGAGGCCGAAUCCGAUUCCGCCGAUGAGAAGGCGAGCGAUGGCGAGGCUGGCGGUGGCCGCGAGGGCGUUCUCCGCCUCGGCUUCCGGCGCGGGCGCCGGCGGCGUGUCCAUGGUGCAGGGGGCGUCCCGGGGCAUCGGCCUCGAGUUCGUGCGGCAGCUGCUGCGGAGAAGCGGCGAAGGCCGCGUCGUCGCCACGUGCCGCGCGCCGGGUUCCGCGGCCGAGCUCCAGAAGCUCAAGGAGGAGCACGCGCCGGGGCGCCUCACCGUGCUGCCGCUCGACGUCACCGACGAGAACACCAUAGAGGCAGCCGCGGCCUCAAUUACAGAGACCCAUGGUUCUCUGGACCUGCUGAUCAACUCCACCGGCAUCCUUUCGAUCCCGAACGUGAUACAGCCAGAGACUACACUAAGCAAGGUUCAGAAGUCAUCCCUGAUGCUGGCAUAUGAGGUGAAUGCAGUCGGCCCAAUCUUAGUGAUCAAGCACAUGUGGCCAUUGCUGAAAAUUGGAGGUCGUUCCGAGACUGGGAGAGGAUUUGCAUUGGUUGCAAAUAUGAGCGCUAGAGUCAGUUCAAUAGGAGACAAUGCUUUGGGAGGCUGGCAUGCAUACAGAGCUUCUAAAACGGCGCUGAAUCAGUUGACCAAGACUGUGUCAGUGGAGUUUGGCAGGAAGGACAACAUUGCCUGCAUCCUGCUCCAUCCUGGAACCGUGGACACUGACCUCUCAAGGCCAUUUCAGAGAAAUGUGCCCAAGGAUAAGCUCUUCACAAGAGAGUUCUCUGUACAGAAGCUUCUCUCCAUCAUUGACAACGUCAAGAAAAGCGACAACGGCAAGUUCUUCGCGUGGGAUGGCCAAGAAAUCCCUUGGUGAAUGGUCCCUCAACACUCGUUUGAGUCUAAACAACGUCAUUGAUUUUAAUUCGACGAUGCUUUUUUCUGUUCAACACGCAUUGGUCCUUUUCAUGCUUAUCAACCAAACAAAUAAAACAGUCACUUGCCCCCGGCAGCCAUAAUAACAGAUUCGUCAAAGUCAGGGAGAAUGUGACGGUCAACAAAGACAAAGUUAAAGUCA